CUUCCUUUCUCAUGAAGCGACGUGUGGAGGAUGCUCGUCCUCCCAAGAGGCGGAAGCCGCGACAGCAAGAUAUCGACUCAGAUCUCGAGUCAAACGACGAAGAACCGCAGCUGCACAACAAGCCCAGGAAAGGGCCAUCCAUCGACGAGGCUGAUAUCGGUGAGGAGGAGGGUGAGGACGAGUUGUUCGAGGCGCCCGAGGCCAAGAAGCUGCGGCUCGCCAAGAGGUACCUGCAUGAGCUUGGGAUGGGGCGCGACGAGGAUGAGGCGGUGGCGCAGAGGCUGCAUGAGGAGGUCGCCAUCGCCACCAAGAAGAUUCACCAUGAGAUCGGACAUGAGGUAGGUGAGGUGUCGGUUCAUCAGGGUGGAAUGAGUGGCCUGUACGAAGUGAUCUCCUGUGGGUGCGGGGUGGCUUGGCUGCAGCUGUCCUUUGGCUCGCCGAGGUUCUACCGAGGUCACAAGCAGACGCCCACGUGUGUCGCAGUGUCGCCUGACGAGCGGUCUGCCUACACAGGCGGCAAGGACUGCGCCAUCAUCCAAUGUGAGCCGUGAGCAGGAAGCAAACGACUAUCCAGGAUCACCCACGCCAUGGAUGUUUGGCCAGGGGACCUUGAGACCGGUCAGAAGACCGUCUUCCCCGGCCUGAGGCGGCAGCCUGAUAAGGGGGGCCACACAGAACAGGUGUGACGUGAUGUGACGAGGGCAAGCCAGAGUGGCUGGCCAGCAUGGCAUGCACAAAGUACAUCUGAGCUGAGUUGAUUUGCUUUCCUCAGGUGUGUGUGUGUGUGUGUGUGUGUGAACAGCAGGUGCUGGACCUGUGCGUGAGUGAGGAUGCCAACCUGGUCGUGUCUGCAGGAGUGGACCGCAUCAUCAGGCUGUGGGACAUCCGCCGGCCGGGAACACGGUGUGUGGACGAGCUCAAGGGUCACACGGGAGCUGUCACGGUGAGUGAGAAAGGAAGGAGCCAAGGAGCCCUUUUCUUCGCUUACUUACACGGCUGUUGGUUGUGUUGUGUGGUGUGGCUGACUCGUGCCCUGUCCUGUAUGGUAUGCAGUGUGUUUGUGCUGACCCCGACGCCAGCACGAAUCGAGUGUACACGGCCUCCAACGACAAGUCCAUCAAGAUAUGGGACCUCAACACACGGAGCUACGUCAACACGCUCUACGGCCACACAUCCAAGGUGCUCUGCAUGGACAUACUCGCCAGAGACCGACCCCUUACAGGUCAGUCAGGUGGGGGAGACAGAGGAGAGAGACACCCAAGGCACAACUAGCGCACACACCACACCACACCACACCACCCCCUCAUCUCUUGCCCUGCCCUGACUGACCCACGUCACGUGUGGCUCACCUCCUUCAGGUGGUGAGGACAGGACGGUUCGAUACUGGAAGAUGACCCAGGAGACCCACCUGAUCUUUCAGCCCCCCCAGACCCUCGGCCCCAUCGACGCCGUCAGCGCCCUUACCGCACAGCUCUUCGCAUCAGGCGCUCAGGACGGGUGAGCGAGAGCCAUGGGGACCUAGUGCUGGCAGGCAGGCAUUGGCCCAUUAAUUGUGAGAUGUAUGUCUGUCAGGUCUGUGUCGUUGUGGAGCAUCUCCAGCCGCAAGCCGCUGGCAACGAUCCCCAACGCUCAUGGCGGACAGUGGAUAACCGCUCUGGUGAGUCGGACGGACGGAUGAGAUGAGCGCAGAUUCAUGCCUGCCUGUGUGGCUUCCUUCUUGCUUUGUAUAUCUUAUGGGUUUCUGCGGAUGUAAUAUGUCCACUAGGCGUCAGUGCGUUACAGCGACGCGUUCUUCUCAGGCAGCUGUGACGGUGUGCUGCGGGCGUGGCACUCCAAGAAGGGACCCACAGACACCGCCAAGAGCAAACCCACAGUGACACAAGUCGCCGAGGCAUCUGUGGUCAGUCAGUGAGGCCACGUCAUGUGGCACCAUAGACGAUAUAUGCGAUAUGCAAGGCGCAUGUGUUCAUGGGUACUCUCUCUCUCUCUCUCUGUGUGUGUGUGUGUGUGUGUGUGUCUCUUGCUGUGUGUCCGUCCACCAGGAUGGCUGCAUCACUUCCAUGUGUGUGGCCCCCAAGGGCGGCUUUCUGCUCGCCGCCGUGGGAAAGGAACACAGACACGGACGGUCAGCCAGCCAGCCAGUCCGUCAGUCAAGACCAGGCCGGCUGCGUGUCUGUCUGCACAUACCUACCCACUGUGCUGUGCAGUGCACGUGUGUGUGUGUGGGUUUGUGUUAAUUGUGCAGGUGGAUCAGCAUGAAGGGCGUCAAGAAUGGGCUUGUGAGGAUACCCCUGCACUUCACGGGGGCGGGCGAGCUGAGGUGAUCGAUAUCUGUUAAUUGUCGGCCAGAAGAGAGCGUGGGCGUGUGUGGGGAUUGGAUUGGUGUACAUGGGCAGCUGAGUGAGGUGAGGUGACAGCGGGCUUUGUAUAGCUGGACGUAUAGUAUGUAUGGACCAAACGGGCUGCAGACAGACUGCAUAUAUAAGGGAUUACUCGGAUGAAUGCACGACAGGACACGCAUAGCAUAAUGGGCGGACACCCCCGAUCCAUGAUCCAUACAUACAUGACA